CCUUUUAAGUAACGUUCCAAAAAUCAUUCUCUCUUUUUUUGCGAAGAAGAAUAUGGCGACAGAGGAUGUGAACGAAGCCCUUGCGGCGGCGGAGGUAACGGCGAUAGAAUCGACGGAGAAGCAGCAGCCUCCUCACAAGCUCGAAAGAAAGUGGAGUUUCUGGUUCGAUAACCAAUCGAAACCCAAGCAAGGCGCCGCCUGGGGAGCUUCCCUCCGUAAAGCAUGUACCUUCGAUACCGUCGAAGACUUCUGGGGUUUGCACGAGACUAUCUUCGUUCCCAGCAGAUUGAUACCCAACGCUGACAUUCACAUGUUCAAAGCUGGUGUUGAGCCCAAGUGGGAAGAUCCUGAGUGUGCUAACGGCGGAAAGUGGACUUAUGUUGUUACCAACAACAGGAAGCAAGCUUUAGACAAGGCUUGGCUUGAAACUUUGAUGGCUUUAGUUGGAGAGCAGUUUGAUGAGGCAGAUGAGAUCUGUGGUGUGGUUGCUAGUGUCCGCCCAAAGCAAGACAAGCUCUCCUUGUGGACUAGGACUAAAUCUAAUGAAGCUGUUCUGAUGGGUAUUGGGAAGAAGUGGAAGGAGAUACUUGAUGUCACCGACAAGAUAUCUUUCACUAACCAUGAUGAUGCAAGAAGAAGUCGAUUUAGUGUCUGAAGAGCAGACAAGAGUGUGUUUGAGACUGAUGAAGAUGCAAUAUGCCUAUUCUCUUGCAUUGUUUGAGCGGUUUUUCCUUGUAACUCUACAAAGUUUUGUGUUUCAAUAAAAAUAUUUUUCUUAAUAUUAAGUUCAGUUAUAUAAAUGACUUUGAAAUCAUCAAUUUUGUACACCCUUUUAUCAUUUACUGUUCCUGUUUUAUUCUUA